GCCUGUAAUUUAAAGUAAUGCGCAAGCGCUCAAACGACGUUCAUGACGCUAAGCAUGUGCUUAUGUUCAUGUUACAAACUCAUGUUUCAAUUUACGAAAAAACAUUAACCUCGAAUUUGAAGUUAAUGUGAAUAACAUUAUAAAAUCGCAUUUAUUUUAAACAAUUUCUUUAUCAAAUAUGGCCGAAACUGAUAAUCCUCCAAUUGUAGGCACUUUAAGCGUUUUAAAAAACGUAGGUAUUGCUGGCAGUUGGAUAAAUAGUAAUAAAAUCAGUAUAUAUGGUAGUAAAAGAUUAAAUAAGGAAUGUCAUGAGAAAUAUGAUCCAACAGUACAUAUUUUAAGGCCAGAAGUUAUUUUAUUUUCACCACAAUUACGUAAAUUGGUAAAUGAAAGUAAUGGUGUCUUUUUAUCUAUUCAAAAAAUUGAAUUAGGUUCUGGAGAUGUUAGGCCAGAACUUUUGAAACAUAGUAAACAAUAUAGAUCUAUUUUACGAGCUUGUAUAGAAAGCUUACAAGAUAUAUGUGGGAAAUCAUUAUCAGAUAAAAAGGAAUCGUUAGAAAAUUUUCUUACAAUUUUUUAUCAAAUUGAAUGUGUAUGGCACCUAACUGAAAUUCUAUAUAUAGAUGUAGUUCCAGGGGAUAUAGUAUUACCACAAUUGCUAGAAUGGAUCAGAUUCCAUUUUCCAGCUAGAGAACUAAUAGCUCUUAAAAUAUUAGCUCAGAAAACAAUUGGUGCUGAUUUAGAACAUCCAAAUUAUUGGGAAACAGUAAUAGGCUGUGCAUUACAUGGAAAAAUUGAUUUAGUACGAGCUUUACUAGCAUUACACAGUAAAGCAGAUCAUCCAUCCUUUGUAAUGGCAGAAAAUAUUCUUAAGACAAUGCCUCUGUAUAAUGUCUAUGGUGGUUACUCUAUAAAUGAAUUUACAAUGCGUUGGAAACAUUGGCAACUUGAUCUAACUUCAAAUAUAAAUAAUAAAGCCUUUGUAUCUGACACUAAUCUAGAAAUGAUGAUGAAGUUAAUUGUAGGAGAACAAGAUGUACUGUGGCAGUUUUCAUCAUACACAGAUGCAUGGUAUGAAUUAUUAGCAGCAAAAUUAUUUUAUACAUCUCCGUGUUGCAAACAACCCGAACUGUCGCUUCAUGCAAACAAUAUUUCCAAAAGAUGGCAAGCUAACAAACCUUCUGAUAAUGCUAUACAUGCUUUAAUAGAAAGUAAUUUACAUCAAGUUAUCAAAGAAAUCCAACAUAUGGGUGAUAAUGGCUGGUUUGCUGCUCAUUUAGUAAAUUUAUUAUAUACUUGUGGAAAAUUGAAAAUAUUGGACAAAGAUCAAAUUGAAGUUACUAGUCAACUUCACGAAUCUCUUAUAUUAGAAUAUGGCAACACCUUAAUGGGGCAUCAUUCUUUAUGGCAAUGUGGUGCAAGUUAUUUGAUACAUUGUCCUAGCCAAGGUUUAGCUAGACUAGAAAUACUGUUACAGUCUUUACCAAUGGGAUCAGAAGCAAGAGUGAACAAAAUAAUAGAUAUAGCACGCGAUAACAAAAUGGACCAUAUAGUUACAAGUAUGUGUAAAAUUCAAGGGAUAAAAUCUAUACAACAAGGAAGACUGGGAAAUGCUCUUGCAUGGGCAUUGAAAGCUCAAGAUAGUAGCUUUACUACUUACAUUGCAGAUCAAUUUCUGAAACAUUAUGCAGAAAGCGGAAAACUAGAAUGUCGUGAUUUAUUGGAAAAUUUAGGGUUUUGUAUGAUGGCCAGUGAUAGACUCACAUUUUUAGGAAAAUACUGUGAAUUUCAUCAGAUGUAUGGAAUUGGAGAAUUUAAAGAAGCAGCAAGUUUAUUAGUAUCCCUUUUAGUUUCGAAUUUAACACCAAAAUAUUUCUGGUCAAUAUUGUUAUCAGAUGCCAUUCCACUACUAGAAGCCAAAGAUGUAAUUCUGUCUUCCAGCGAUUGUUUCGAAUUGUUACGUUGCGCGGAAGCGCACGGAGAUGAUCCGAAAUUUCAAAAUGAAAUCGAAAUUUUUCGAUUAGCCGUUGCAAGAAACUUGGCCCGAGCGUUAAGCCUUGAAGGUUGCCAAGUGGAACAUUAGAAAGUUCAUUAACAUUUAUUAUGUAAAAGUUUUCUAACUUUUUAAUUAAAAGAUUCCAUACAUUAUCAUUAACCUACUUCAUUGAAUCAUAGUAAAUCUCAAGUAUUUUAUGAGCAUUAAUUUUGAUACAAAACACCGAAUAAAAUCAUUAGGAUAAAAUGUGUAAAUAAAGAAGUAUUUUUAUACAAAUGGUCGUUUAUAUGUAUUACAAUUAU